AUCUUUAAUCGAGAACAUGAACAAUAAUCGUUAAUCGUUAUGUUGACUACACACGUGCUGCUUGUGAAGCAUUUGUGUACCCUAAAGAAAGAAAGACAAACUCAACUUAUGACGUAUAUAAAAUGUGACGAAUAUCAUCUUUGCUUUGAGACUGAAGCAACAUUUCGACUUUAAUAAACACAACUUUGAUGUCUUUGACAAUUCAUGAACGGUAACGUUGUUUAUUCAAAAGCUUCCACUGGAGGGCACUAAAGGCAAGACAUUGAUACAGUACAACCUCAAGAUACGAGUUUAAUUGGUUCUGUGACGAACAGCUCGUAUUGCUUGUCACGUGACUUCUUCCCGGAAGUGGACAGCAGUGGUGGUCAACCAAGCCAAGAUGGCCUUUGUACAGCAAGCAGCUAUCUGAGUACGCAAGGGGCCUAGAUCUUACCACAAAAAGCAGAUACGAGCAAAAAAAUCCAACUACGGAAUGGAAUAGAACCUGUACUUGAUCAAAAAAAGAUUUGUGGAGUGAUACCAAGGAUUAUACGUCUGUGGACUUCCCAGGCAUAUUGUGCUCCAGACAUCAUUCUACAUGACUUGGAACAAAACUUCUUUGUGUGUGUCUGGGUCAAGGACAUUGGUAUCAACACUCUCCCGGAUAAAUAUGUAUCGUUCUUGCCCAGGAUCAAGGACUUGUGUCAGCAGUUUCCACAGGGGAUCACUGACCAGGUGAUCCAGAACGACAUGCCUCACCUGGAACCUAAGCAGAGAGCCAUGGCCAUCAACAAGCUGCUCUCAUUGGGCCUGCUGGACCUCCUGAGGAACAGUUCUGGACUCCUCUACAGGCUGAAGGACUCCCAGAGUGCCAGUAAGAUGAAAGGCUCUGACAACCAGGAGAAACUAGUCUAUCAGAUCAUUGAAGAUGCUGCAAACAAAGGUAUCUGGAGCAGAGACAUCCGCUUCAAGAGCAACCUUCCUCUCACAGAGAUCAACAAGAUCCUGAAGAACUUGGAGAGUAAAAAACUCAUCAAAGCUGUGAAGUCUGUGGCGGCGUCCAAGAAGAAGGUGUACAUGUUGUACAACGUGCAACCUGACCGCUCGGUGACAGGGGGGGCGUGGUACAGCGACCAGGACUUUGAGUCAGAGUUUGUGGAGGUUCUCAACCAGCAGUGCUUCAAGUUCCUGCAGACCAAGGCGGAGGCGGCCAGGGACGGUAAGCAGAGUCCCAUGAUGCAGAGGAACGCUUCCUUCGCCACCUCACACGAAGUCUGGAAGUACAUCUGCGAGCUGGGAAUCAGCAAGGUGGACCUGUCCAUGGAGGACAUGGAGACCAUCCUCAACACCCUGGUCUAUGACGGCAAAGUGGAGGUGAGCGUCAUGGCCGCCAAGGAGGGAACACUGGGCAGCGUGGACGGACACAUCAAGCUCUACCGCAGCGUCCACGCCAUCGUCCCGCCCACUGGCCUGGUCAAGACGCCCUGCGGCCUCUGCCCGGUUUUUGACGACUGUCACCCAGGAGGAGAAAUCUCACCGUGGAACUGUGUGUACCUGGACGAGUGGUUGGACUUCUGAUGAGUGGAACUGUGUGUACCUGGACCAGUGGUUGGACUUCUGAUGAGUGGAACUGUGUGUACCUGGACGAGUGGUUGGACUUCUGAUGAGUGGAACUGUGUGUACCUGGAUGAGUGGUUGGACUUCUGAUGAGUGGAACUGUGUGUACCUGGACCAGUGGUUGGACUUCUGAUGAGUGGAACUGUGUGUACCUGGACGAGUGGUUGGACUUCUGAUGAGUGGAACUGUGUGUACCUGGACCAGUGGUUGGACUUCUGAUGAGUGGAACUGUGUGUACCUGGACGAGUGGUUGGACUUCUGAUGAGUGGAACUGUGUGUACCUGGAUGAGUGGUUGGACUUCUGAUGAGUGGAACUGUGUGUACCUGGACCAGUGGUUGGACUUCUGAUGAGUGGAACUGUGUGUACCUGGAUGAGUGGUUGGACUUCUGAUGAGUGGAACUGUGUGUACCUGGACCAGUGGUUGGACUUCUGAUGAGUGGAACUGUGUGUACCUGGACCAGUGGUUGGACUUCUGAUGAGUGGAACUGUGUGUACCUGGACCAGUGGUUGGACUUCUGAUGAGUGGAACUGUGUGUACCUGGAUGAGUGGUUGGACUUCUGAUGAGUGGAACUGUGUGUACCUGGACGAGUGGUUGGACUUCUGAUGAGUGGAACUGUGUGUACCUGGAUGAGUGGUUGGACUUCUGAUGAGUGGAACUGUGUGUACCUGGACCAGUGGUUGGACUUCUGAUGAGUGGAACUGUGUGUACCUGGACGAGUGGUUGGACUUCUGAUGAGUGGAACUGUGUGUACCUGGACGAGUGGUUGGACUUCUGAUGAGUGGAACUGUGUGUACCUGGAUGAGUGGUUGGACUUCUGAUGAGUGGAACUGUGUGUACCUGGACCAGUGGUUGGACUUCUGAUGAGUGGACAUCUUCUUCCCUCGAUCAAUAAAGUUAUCAAUCCUUCACUGGUGCUAGCAUGUUAGCUAAGCUACCUAGCACAUUGCUAACAUUCCAAUAAAUCAACUUUAUUUAUACAAUAAAUGUUUUUUAAUUGUAUCAAUAUAGUUACUAUUUGUAACUUCUUCAAUCCUUCACUUGUGCU